CUGAAUCGCUGAAGCGGAGGGAGGACUGGGGCGCGGCCCUACCACUAGCUCAAAAGGGAGGGGGGACGGGUCACGAAAGGAGGAAGGACAAGAGGUCUACCUAGAGCAGGGCAGUGCUGCGAGGCAAUGCCUCGCUGGUAACGUGCCAAAAGAGGACUUCUAUGGUCCGGAGUAACUCCUGUAGGCCAGGCCGGCCGGCUCUUCGUUCGGCGCCGGAGCAUCCCCCCUCCCCGCAUUCCCGAGGUGGUUCGGCCCGAGAGGCCGGCGUCUCUCCCCCAGUUUGCCGUUCACCCGGAGCGCUCGGGACUUGCCCGUAGUGGUGACGGCGGCAACAUGUCUGUUGCGUUCGCAGCCCCGAGGCAGCGAGGCAAGGGGGAGAUCACUCCCGCUGCGAUUCAGAAGAUGUUGGAUGAAAAUAACCAUCUUAUUCAGUGUAUAAUGGACUAUCAGAAUAAAGGAAAGACCUCAGAGUGUUCUCAGUAUCAGCAAAUGUUGCAUACGAACUUGGUCUACCUUGCUACAAUAGCAGAUUCUAAUCAAAAUAUGCAGUCUCUUUUACCAGCACCACCCACACAGAAUAUGCCUAUGGGUCCUGGAGGGAUGAAUCAGAGCGGCCCUCCCCCACCUCCACGCUCUCACAACAUGCCUUCAGAUGGAAUGGUAGGUGGGGGUCCUCCUGCACCACACAUGCAGAACCAGAUGAACGGCCAGAUGCCUGGGCCUAACCAUAUGCCUAUUCAGGGACCGGGACCCAAUCAACUCAAUAUGACAAACAGUUCCAUGAACAUGCCUUCAAGUAGCCAUGGAUCCAUGGGAGGUUACAACCAUUCUGUGCCAUCAUCACAGAGCGUGCCAGUACAGAAUCAGAUGACGAUGAGUCAAGGGCAGCCAAUAGGAAGCUAUGGCCCCAGACCAAAUAUGAAUAUGCAACCAAACCAAGCUCCAAUGAUGCAUCAGCAGCCUCCUUCUCAACAAUACAAUAUGCCACAGGGAGGUGGGCAGCAUUAUCAAGGCCAGCAGCCUCCUAUGGGAAUGAUGGGUCAAGUUAACCAAGGCAAUCAUAUGAUGGGUCAGAGACAGAUUCCUCCUUAUAGACCACCUCAACAGGGCCCACCACAGCAGUACUCAGGCCAGGAAGACUAUUAUGGGGACCAAUACAGUCAUGGUGGACAAGGUCCUCCAGAAGGCAUGAACCAGCAAUAUUACCCUGAUGGAAAUUCACAAUAUGGCCAACAGCAAGAUGCUUACCAAGGACCACCUCCCCAACAGGGAUAUCCACCCCAGCAACAGCAGUACCCAGGGCAGCAGGGCUAUCCAGGACAGCAGCAGGGCUACGGUCCUUCACAGGGUGGUCCAGGUCCUCAGUAUCCUAACUACCCACAAGGACAAGGUCAGCAGUAUGGGGGUUAUAGACCAACGCAGCCUGGACCACCACAGCCGCCACAGCAGAGGCCUUAUGGAUAUGACCAGGGACAGUAUGGAAAUUACCAGCAGUGAAAAAGUACUUACAUUCCAAUAGCCAGUAUCUAUUAGCAGCCAUAUUGUCACCUCAGCACUGUGGACACCUCUGUGUGAAGAGAUCCUUCCAUUCCAUCUAGUUUUUGGAAAAACCUUGUGGAUAAGUGGCUGUUUCAUCAGUAAGCAGCCUUUGUGGCUUAGUUGUAACAAGGCUUUAGUAGCUAAAAAAUACUCUUGAUUUCACAUUUCUACUCUAGAUGGCAACAUUGGACAGAAAAUACAAUGACAUAACCAAUUUGCAAUGAUUUGGGAACUGUGUUUCAAAUGGACUGUUACAGACUGAAAGGUGUGAACAGCUUUGUAUGUUUAUGAAGGUUAAGGGAAUUUAAUACUUUUCCACAGAUUCUUUUGUAAGGGGAUGAGGGAAAUGUACACUUUUUACAGCAGCAAUAUUUUGUAUAUUAUGUUUAUUUCAUGUGAAUAUGCAAGGCGGUACACUACGCAUUGGACAGAAUCAGAAAUCCUCUGUUGAUGUGGAUUGGAGCAUGGUGGAUGCUUGAUUGUGUGGGUCUCAAAAUGGUGUACUAUAAAAGAUAAAGGUGAGGGAGAAGACAAAGCACACCAUAUGUCCACUGUUAUGUUCUUUAGAGGAAAUUCAGAUCCCUUUUAUCUGUGAGAUAAUCAAGGGCACUGUGAUAGUUUUGAGUAAAAAGACAUUUUUUAAAAGCUUUCCAGUUUUGUGGAUUAAAACCUUUUUAUAAAGAUCAUUUAUAAUACAGUUUUAAAAUGUGAGGCAAUAAGAAUUACUUCAUGUGGGAUCUGAGGAAUCUAGGUAGCAGUUUCAUGUAAAUGAAGUGGUAAUUCUCUCCUAAAAUAGCAAUAACUGAAAAUGGAAGUGUUAAUUUUACUUUCUUUGAAUAAUCAGGGAACUUAGUGAAUAAUAUGAAAGCAUUUUUUAAAUGAUAUCAAAGAAGAGUCAACACUGAUCCAGUAAGUUUAUUUUUUAACAUUAGAAGGAUAAUUGGUUUAUAAAAUAGAAUAGUUCAGAAGACUUUACAAACCUUUAUUUCAACUUUCUUCACUGGAAAUAAUGCCAUUUAUAAAAGGACACAUUUAAGUUUUUCCCUUUUUUAUGUUGGUUCACGUAACACAAAGAGAUGUUUAGGAAAAUGCUUAUUGAUGAGGUUUAUUCUGAUCUGUAUUAAAAGCAUAAAGGUUGCAGUCUAGAUCACUUUGUUAGCAUGGCAUAUUUAAUCAUAUUUGAGACUGUCCUGUGCCUGAUUAUUUUAGGUAAAUUCAGGGAUAUUGCAUUGGGCAGGAAAUCAUGCAUUGUGAAGUUUAUAACCACAAUUAUUUAAGCAUAAUCUGAAAACAUCUAGCCCAAAGGUAAGUUGCUAUUUUCAUCACAGUUGCCUAUGCCCAGGGAAUAAGAUGUAUUCUUUAUAAUUGAAUUGGUUUUUCCCACUUCUAACUGGAAACAAAACAGAAGGGGUGCCAUAAAUUUGAAUAAGCAAAAUGUACUGUUCUCAAUAUACUGUAAUCAAAAGGAAUUUUAAUGUGUUUCUGUGUGUGUAUGAGAGAGAGCGUGUGUGUUUUAAGGUCAGAAUAGAAUUUUUUCAACUUGGUCAGUAGAAAAUGGACAUCAAGUUUGAACAGAUAAAGCAUGGACAGCCUUAUUGUGAUUGAAAAUGCUUAUAGGUUCUGUGCCAAUUUUCCACCACUGUGUACUUUGUUGCUAUUUAAAACUGUAUCAACUCUAACGGAAGAAUAAAUUAUUUGUGAUUUUAA